CCAAAGAAGAAACAAAGCAAAGAAAAUUCUCCAAAAUCUGGUUGAAACUUGAAAGAAGUGAAAUGGACACAAAGGCUUUAGCAAAAUGAAAGAGAGCAAAACCCAACAAGGCCCCGUCAACUGAAAAGAAGCAAAAACCCCGAAAAUCAAGACUUCCUUCAAACUGGGAUCGUUGUGGAGAUGAUGAUGAAGAUGAAUUUGGAGUCAAUCUUGAAAACCCACAUGGAGAUAACCUUAAAAAACCAAACUUUGAGGAUGAUGGUCUUGUUUUGCCAAAGAGAAAAGGUGCUGACCUUUAUGCUGACCUUGAAGCACCUCCUAGAUGAAGCUCUAUCAAAAUGUCACCAAGUUGACAGCUUUCCUUCUCUUGAGGACUUCUUGGCUGGCAUGGAGUAGACCCCUUGAUUUUAGUCAGGGAGAAAGCAUUCUAUCAUGGAUCGGGGAUGAUAAUUUUUCUGUGGAGAAUAAAACUACUUCAACUCAUGAGGCAUCAUUUCUCUUCCUUAAUUUGCAUGCUCUUGCAGAACAACUAGCUAAAGUAGAUGUAUCAGGGAGGCUCUUCAUUGAAGCAGAUCUAUUAGCAACAGAAUUGGGAUCAAAUAAAAGCAGCAGCCAGGAAUAUGACCAAUUGCAAACAACAGGAUCAGAGGCAAGCAGCAGUCAUGGACCUGACUGAAAACCAACAACUCAAACUAGAGCAACCUUAACAAUCUCUGAAGAAUCGGCUUUGGAAGAUUUUUCUGAGAAGAAUAAGGCUGUCAAUCAAAAUACCAAGGUUUUUGGAAUCAGGCUUGACCGUAGGCCAUACAGACCCAUUUUCAUUUGUUCAGGGAUCGGAUGUCAAGGGUAAUUUGAAUAGCAAUCAGUGUGGGAAAUCCAAUCAAAGCACAGCUCCUGAGCCCCCAGAACAGUUCAAUGUGAGUUAUGUUGUCUCUAGAAGCAGGCUGCCCACGUUUGAAGCAGAAGCUGCUGAGUCUAACCUGUAUAUGCUUCCUGGCUCGCUUAGUGAGACCAAGCUACUUGAUUCUUCUUGUUUUGGGUCUGGUACUUUACCCAUUUUAGAGAAAGAUGCUCCUGGCACCACUGCCAGAAGUUAGAAGAAAUCCACUGGUUCAGCAAAAAACUCGUACACUGCUGCCACCCCGGACAGCAUGCUAGAUGAUUUACUUUGAGAAAACAUCUAAUUUACAAAGAGAAAGAGGCUGCUACACCUCUGCCACUACUUGCAAGAAAUGCUCUUGCCUAUGCAAAAACCAAUUCUACUGCUGUCACUCUAGAUGUACUUGAUGACAACAUACUUGAUUUACUUUGAGGAAACAUCUAAUUUACAAAGAGAAAGAGGCUGCUACACCUCUGCCACUACUUGCAAGAAAUGCUCUUGCCUAUGCAAAAACCAAUUCUACUGCUGCCACUCUAUAUGAUGUACUUGAUGACAGCAUACCUGAUUUACUUUGAGGAAACAUCUAAUUUACAAGAGAAAGAGGUUGCUACGCCUCUGCCACUACUUGCAAGAAAUGUCUGUCGCUUCGGCAAAAACCACUUCAACUUCUGCCACUCAAGAUGACGCACUUGAUGAUUUACUUGAGGUAACAUCUAAUUUGUCAAACCAAAACAAUUUGCAUCAGCCUCUAGAAAUGAAGGCUGCAUCUUAUGAAAUUCAAUCUUCUUCAUUCCAUCUGUCAGUAAGUCGAAAGUUUUGGAUUGACUUUGAUUCAUCGUGGGAUACAAUUUAACUGCUUGUAAUUUUACCAAACCUCAACCAUGUAUCUUUAUUUGUUGUGCUUAAUGCAAUACAAGGAUGUAUACUUCCAAGCUGCUACAUGGAUUCUAUAUUUUACAAGUAAAAAAAUAUUUAGGCAUUUCGAAUGUUACAUCUGCUGCUAAGGUUUUCAACCACUCUGCCAUGCAUUUUCUCGACACCUUAGAUAUUCAAUAACGUAUUUCCCACCUUUCCUUGUACUAGUGGAAAAUGUUAGGUGGCCUGUCAUGUAAGAGAGGUGAGAUGUAAAUAAGUGGUUCCAUGUGGUGCAAAGAAGUCUUUUCCCUCAACCCCGGCAGAAAAAUGUCUACCUAGAACCAGCUGUGCACUUUAAUUUGCAGAAGUCAACAAGGGCAUGACAAGUUCUGUAGCAUUUUGCUUCCAUAACAUUAUGAAAGACAAAAAUUGCCAGCAGAAGUCAGGCUGGCAUCACAAAUAGAGAGAGGUAGAACUUGAUCUUCCAAUCUCCUUAAAGUUCCACAAAUCAUUGGAAGGAGAAGAAAACAG